AUGGUGCUAUGUAAACCUGAGUUCAAGAGAGAGGUGUUGAAGAAGGAAAUGGGUGAAAUAUACCCAUCAACUGAGAAGUCCCCCCGCAGGAAACGUCUGGCUUUGGUAAUCAGUAACAGUAUAUUUCUGUUCCAGCGAAACCUUAGAGGUGCAGAAAAGGAUGAGCUGAAUAUGAUCAGAUUGCUGAAGGACUUGGGUUAUGAUGUAGUCCUACACAGGAACCUUACAGCUAAGGCUAUGGAUGCUACGAUAGCUGACUUUGCUGAGCGUGAGGAGCACUUCCAGUCAGACAGCUGCUUUGUGGUCAUCAUGUCCCACGGAAACGAAAGUGAAAUCUGUGGUGUUCUUCAUCAUUCUGAUUUAAUCGAGGACUUGUUCCCUGUUGAUAAAAUCUUCUACCACCUGAACACUCUCAACUGUCCAGGACUGCAUAACAAGCCCAAAAUUAUCCUCAUUGACUCCUGUAGGCAGUUCCAGGUUAUUAAGAAAUUUCAGGAGACCUAUCCAAAACAAUUGCCAUGCAAGGAGAGAACUCUAUCAAAAAAAUUCUACCUUUUCCCCGGGCUAUGA